UACCAAUUUUACUGCUAAACUAUUAUUUUGUAACAGAUGAGUGAUUACCAAACACUUUGCUACAAGCGCUUAGGUUGAAUCAAUUUAAAAGUAUCGAUUCAAAAGAAUGAUUCGUUUUCGAAUCCCUGAAAAUUCGAUCGCGAAACGUUACAGUGGGUCUAGAUGACGCAAAUAACAACAGCGCGUGUCUUUUCAGUGUCUUGAGCCUAAAAACAAAAGUGAGGGGUGUUUCUCUGCGCCGUCUGUUGGUCACUGGAGAGGCGCGCUGUCACCGUUACGCAUUUCAGCGGAACACCGAGCGCAGGAUGACCGACACUCACGGCGAGAUCAGCGGGCACGUCUGUCUGCGACCGGCUCCGGUGCAGACCUUUAACCACAGAUCCUCUACGUGGGUCCGUUUGAACGUCGGUGGCACGUACUUUCUGACCACCAGACAGACGCUCUGCAGGGAUCCCAAAUCGUUCCUGUUCCGGCUGUGCCAAACAGAGCCAGACCUCGAUUCUGAUAAGGAUGAGUCUGGGGCGUAUUUGAUUGAUAGGGAUCCCAUGUAUUUCGGGCCUGUGCUGAAUUACCUGAGACAUGGGAAGCUGGUCCUCAACAAGAACCUGACGGAGGAAGGAGCUCUUGAAGAGGCAGAGUUUUACAACAUCACAUCAUUAAUAAAACUCAUCAAAGAAAAGAUCAGUGAAAGAGAAGCCAAGACGACACACACGCCAGUCAAGCAUGUUUACAGAGUGUUGCAGUGUCAAGAAGAAGAACUUACUCAGAUGGUCUCGACCAUGUCAGACGGAUGGAAGUUUGAGCAGCUUGUCAGUGUAGGUUAUGGGCGGGCCCAGAAGUCAGAGUUUUUCCUGAUUGUGUCUCGAGAGGUGAAGGGGGAGGAGUCAAGCCAAACUCACCCUGCCCACAGUGGAGAGCUGGUCAAUAUCGGAUCCUCCUAUAACUAUGGUAAUGAAGAUCAGGCGGAGUUCUUGUGUGUUGUUUCUAAGGAACUGCACAACCAAUCGAACAGCAGCAACACUCAACCCAGUGAGAAAGCCAAGAUUCUACAGGAACGUGGUUCAAGAAUAUGAUCAUCUAGAGCUCCCAUGUUUUAGACACAUCAGCUCUUUCUAGAACAUCCCACGAGCUUGUUCUCUUCACGCCUCGAGAGCACUGGACACCUGAUGCACACAAGCAGCACAUGAAGAACAUGUCCACUGCAAUCUAGUCUUCCUGAUGCUUGUUUGUUUAGAUCUUCAUGGAUUCAGAGACAGGAUCUGAAGAGAUGGACCAGUGUCAGUCUCAGGGAACAAAAGGAAAUGGACGGGUCACUCUGAAUCACUGCCCACCUCUUACCACAAUCAUUCCAAUGGACAUACAGUGGGGUCCAAAAGGGAUAAUACUUUGAUUUAGCAUUUAAAACAAAUGCUUUACCUUACAAAUCUCUCUGUAUUUGGUUUGUCUCCCAUUUUCUUUAGUCAAUAACAUGAUCAAAACCUGAUGCUCAUGUACUCCUGCAUGAUUUGCAAUGUUUCAAGGAGCGUCUUGAGCUUCAGUGGAAGCAGGAAAAUCUGAGCGCAAUCAAGGACCAACGUCAUUUGAUUGGACACAGAUAUAAUACAUAAUAUAACAUAUAAUGUCUUUAUUUAACACUUCUUCAAAAGCUAAUUAUUUUAACUCUUUAUGUAAAGGUGUAAAAAAGACUUUUGGACCCUACUGUCCUAUGAUUUAUAUAUGCAACAAAAGUGAUUAGUCACAAAUUUGGCAACAGCGCUAUGGUUGAGUACACAUUGUAAUGCAAGAUUUUAUUGCUGAGAAAUAUUUCUUUUAGUGUUGAGAUUUUAGCUACACUAACAUUCAAACGUCUGGGGUUGUUUAUAGCUAUAGUCUCUGCAUUAAUUUGAUCAAAAAUGCAGUAAAAGCAGUAAUAUUUAUUAUGCUCAGUUUGAUAAAUAGAAAGCCUGAAAUAGGAUUUAAUUGAUAUAGAAAUAUUUUAUAAUAUUUUAAAUGUCUUUACUGUUGCUUUUGAUCAAUUUAAUGGGUCCUUGCUGAAUAAAAAACUUACUGAUCCCAAACUUUUGAAUGUUUUUUUUACUUGUGAAAAUGAUUGCUUUUGCACUACUGCUAUUAUUAUUAUUAUUAUUAUUAUCAUCCAGGCAAUAUUUCAGAGGUAUUGGUGAACCGUUGUUAUUAUUAUUAUUAUGCUGAAAUGUGUUAUUAUUACUGAAUACUUGGCUGGAGGAGAGACAGGAUACAAAGCAUUUAAAAGAGACUUUGCCUGUCCUGAUCUUGCACAUUUGAGU